UCUGUUUCCUUCACAAUUACUCUACUGGCUAAUCUUGAUCAUGCGAGAGAGCUGCUUAUUUGAGGACGUUGACCACGCACGACUACUUUCAAAAGUAAGAUUACACCACAUGACCAUGACCCCGUCUACGUCCUGUCGACUUGUACAACAUGUUGAUCAUGACUCGAUCCCGUCUAUGUUUACGCUGAGCAUGAGCCCGUCUCCGUCCCGUCGACUUGCACGACAUCGCUGCUUGCUGCUACGGUGCUAAGACUCAUGUGCUUGAGAUCUGAAA